AUGUGGCUGAACAACAAAUUUCCACGAAAUGAAAUUCAAGGAGACAUAGUCCGACACAAGUGCAACCAGGACAAUCAGCUCAAGUACGGGUGGAAGGAGCACGAUGGUGUCAAUUUUGGAGUGCAGUCGAUUCAAGAAAAGAAUUACAAGAUCUGGACGAAGUUUUUGAAACAACAAGUAGGUGGAAACGGCGGCGACUGGACUGUAAAAGUCGAUACUGAAGGAUCUGGUACGACGACAUUCGCCUUCUACUUCGUCACCGAUUCCGAUGGCUACCUCAAAGUCCCACUAGGCAACGAUCCCGCAGACGAGCUCGACAAGUUCACCGGCGAAACAUCCUCGCUCAGCAAGUUUGAAGUUCGAUUUCUCCACGAUGCUCAAGAGAACACCGCGUUCUGGACUUAUAGCGACUUCAUUAACAAAAUCACCGAUUUGGAAAACGACGUUAUGCGCCGCCUCUCGGGCGAGUACAUCGAAUUAGACGAAAAUCAAAAGGUGCCGCAUUUCUGGUUCGACGAGCCAAAGUACGACAAAAACUACCGAAAGCCAAAUCACAAGAAUCACCAAGUCGUUGUUCACUCGAUCACGUGCGAGCAUCCCUGUUCGUUUGAAGUCAACUUCAACUCUGUCAGCGGUAAUCAUGAACGAAAACGACCUCUUGUUGGGGACUUCUUCGAAGAAGAGCUUUCAAGACAUAGAAAGAACUUCAAGCGAGUUUUUGGCUCAAGAAUCAAGCUACAAGAGCAAUUCUCUGGAGAAGAACAUCUCGAAUUUGCGAUGGCAGCUGUUUCCAACAUGAUUGGAGGCUUUGGGUAUUACUAUGGCCACUCGUUAGUUCAAAAACAAGGAGAAAAAGUGACGCCAAACUGGGACGCCCCUCUGUAUACCGCUGUGCCGAGCAGAUCAUUUUUCCCGCGAGGAUUUCUCUGGGACGAAGGAUUCCAUCAACUGCUCGUCUCUCGCUUCAAUCCGAAAAUCUCCAUCGACUCUCUUUGUCACUGGCUCGAUCUUCUCAACAUGGACGGUUGGAUUCCACGAGAACAGAUUCUCGACGAAGAGGCGAGACAACGCGUUCCUGAUCCGUUUAUUAUUCAGGGAACCGACCGGGCGAAUCCGCCAACGCUAUUGCUGGCGCUGGACUAUUUGGUUUCGUCGGAGAGCUUGGAGAAAGACCAGUUAGAAGCGCUGUAUCCGAGGAUCAAAGCAUGGUUUAGUUGGUUCAAUACCACACAGGCUGGUCCAAUUCCUGGAACGUACACAUGGCAAGGCCGACACAUUGGCCCAGAGAAUCUCGAGCUGAAUCCGAAAACCCUAACCUCUGGCCUUGAUGAUUUUCCACGAGCAUCCCAUCCGACCAAAGACGAGUACCAUCUCGACCUCCGUUGCUGGAUGGCUCUCGCGGCUCAAGUCCUUGGCAAAAUGGCGAUAAAACUCGGCCAGUCGAACUACGAAUACUUACAGCUAGAGACAGAACUGAAGGACAAUACGAAACUGAAUAAGCUUCAUUGGGACGCCGAAGCGAAGCAGUUUUCUGAUUACGGCCUUCAUUCUCACAAUGUCAAACUCGUCAGAAAGCAGGUCAAAGACGAUCACGGAAAUCCACGAGUCAUCAAAGUCAGAAAAGUUGUCGAGCAACCACGUCUUCGUCUCGUUCCUCAUACGGGCUACAUUCAACUUUUCCCGUUCUUGAUGAAAAUCCUCGAUUCAGACAGUCCGCAGCUCGGAGCUACGCUAGAAAUGAUUGGUGAUCCGCAAAAGUUGUGGACUGACUUUGGCCUUCGAAGUUUAGCCAAAUCUGACCCAAUGUUCGAGGAAAGAAAUACAGAGCAUGAUCCGCCGUACUGGAGAGGCAACAUCUGGAUUAACAUCAAUUUCCUUGCAGUCCACGCGCUCGACUUUUACAGCGACGAACCUGGUCCCUAUCAGACUCAAGCGGCCGACCUUGCCACUCGUCUCAGACAAAAUCUAAUUGGAAACGUUUUCCGAAACUACAAAGAGACCGGAUUUAUUUGGGAAAACUACUCGGAAAAAGACGGAAAGGGUCAAGGAUGUCAUCCGUUUACUGGCUGGUCCGCUCUGACGGUUCUACUUAUGGAAGAAACAAAACUGUAG